CACUUCUUCUCAACGUCUAGCGCAUCCCCUACUUCCAUUUUCAGUCCUAAUAUCCGAUUCAGUAGACGCACUGCACACGAGAUAUAGCUGUACAGUUGUAGUAGAGGGGGGAAACCCGACGAUUAGUCCAAGAGUGAGACGGAGACAGUCGCAGUGCCGCCGUCGCCGUGUCCGCACUCCGCGUCGUGAAAAAAAAUUCGCACAGUAUACUUACGUGUAUUGUCAGAGGCUCGUCGUCGGCUUAUAUACCGAGAACCGCUGCAAGGAUGAGCGAACAUCAGAAGCUCGUCUGGUCGAUCAAGAACGGCGACCUGGACCAGGUUCGCGACCACCUCGAGAACAAGAAUUUGGAUGUCAAUCAAAUGAUUGACGGCAGGAUGCCACUGCACUACGCAGCGGAUUAUGGCCAGUGCGAGGUGGUUAGGUACCUUCUGGACAAGGGAGCGGAUAUUAAUGCGACCGAUAAGCACGGAAUAACAACAUUACUGGCAGCUAUCUGGGAGGGACACACCAGCUGUGUAAAGCUAUUACUGGAAAAGGGAGCAAAACCAAAUGGCUUGACUCCAGAUGGCAAAAGCUACUUAGAUGCUGCCGAGAAGGACGAAAUCAAGGAGCUGCUAAAGCUUCACUAGCACUAAACCAAACGACGCAAAGAGAUAUAUUGAUUUUGUUAUUUAAGAACUUUCAUGUUCCUUAUAGGAUAUUUGCAGCUGCUUCGUUAUUAAUUUUCUGCGUGUAUGAGUAGAGCCACUUGACUUAUGUACAUUUACAUAACGACUAGUGCGCUGAUUGUAGUUUUGUAAGAAAAAAUAUUGAGAAAAUCAAGAGAAACUAGAAUUUCAAUUGAGUAUACGAUCAAAAGAAGGUUUUCAUAUUAUAUAGCAGUGAGAUAAAAAGAUCUUUUUAGACAUUUUUAAAUAUUAGCAUUAUAAUUUUUUAAAGAUUUUGUAACCUGCAAUAUCUCUUAUCAUGUGUCAAGAUUUAUUUACUGGUCUCUUAUUUGUCAGAAUUCCAAAGGUUUCUGAGAAAUAUCGAGUGCUCAUAAGCACCAUACAAAUAACAUGUGAUUCAAAUAACAUAUAAUACUUGUACUUUCCAUGUCUUAAUAAGCAUUGCUUUUACUCUUCCAUAUACAUUAUUAUUAUUAUUAUUAUUAUUACUAUUACUAUUGUAGACUGCUCCAAAUUUCUACAAACGUUUUUUAAAUGUUUCUUUUGUAAUCCAUAUAUGUUAUAUGUUGUGAACUUAUAUAUUUUUAUGUGUACACAUCAGUGAAAGGUUGCACCUAUGUCGGUGAUUGCGAUGUUGUCCGCACAUUUUGUCGACAUUAGGAUAAGAAAUCAAAAUGAACGAGUCAGCUUGCAAGUAUGCAUUUAAUUGAUAUGCGAACGGCACGGAACAAAAAGCAAAAAAACGAGCAAGAAAAAUGUACGACUUAUUGCAAUAUGUCAUCUACUAUACCAACUCUCGAGAAAAAGUCCCCUUUACUUUUUACUAUAUAUUAUUUAAAUUAUAGUAAUAAUAAAUUAUUUAACUUAAAAAAGAAUGACAGACAGUUGUAAAAUAACAGAGUAUACAAAUUAUAUGAUAACGUAUUUGUUAGAAGCAUGAAUAAAGGAUUAUUUGCUAAUUUUUGUAAAAUCGAAA